AUUUCAGAGUAUUUUGGGAGGGUCUGAUUGAAAUGAGAUCUAAAGACAAUUAAUUACAUAAAUUUUUGAUUAAAAUUCACAAAUUUUCAUUGUGACUAUUUCUAUAUAUUUUUUGGCAACACUGCUAAUAUACUACGUGUCAAUAUCAAGAAUUGUGUUGUUCUUGAUGUUGGUGACAAGUGAGAUACUUGACUAGAUUGAGUUAUUGAGUUUCGCCGGUUCUUCUCAUUUGAAAAUGUUUAGGCUAAAGUUAAUAGGAUUAACAAUAUUAUUAUGUCUCACAAUAGGUGUUAACAGUAGCGUUAAAGGUUAUAUCGGAUCUGUAGAUACUAAAAAGUUCUUAUUAGUUUUGUCUGAAUCAUUGUCCGAAGAUAGUUCAGAUUUGACUGGAAUUUACUAUGGAGCAGCUGGACAUAAAUUAUUAAAUGUAAAAUUAGAUGUAUUAAUAACCAAAAAAAAUUGUGAUGCCUUACUAAAAAAUUUCAAAGGCGAUGAAGACCCUGAGAUAGUUUUUUACGCAUUCGGAGCUUGGUCGCAUCUAGAAUGUCCAGGUAAAAUUCACAAAGAAGAAACUCUUAAGUAUCUGCAUAACAUUGUAUUAAAUGAAAAGUCAUCCCCGGCUGAUAUCCGAUUUGCUUCUGCAGCACUAAAAGUUGUUGGUGAUAAAUUACCCAAUCCUGCCAAAGUUUCACAGUUAUUACUAUCCAAACUAAAGGAGGAUGAUAGUUUAAUCAAUUUGGGACAUGCCAUUCAUACUUCCUUGAUGUUGGGAAACCAUGGAAAAUUUGCCAUAGAUAGAGCAGAAGAUGUUGUUGUCCAAUUAGAUGAGGUUAAUGGAAAAUUACUGCAAUGGGAAGGUGGUUUGAGUACAACAUCUCUACUUUUGACUGGUUUGCUUAGACUACAAGGUCUUAAACCAUUGACACAGAUUCAAGCUGAUAAAAUUGCUAAUUAUUUACUCACAAGAAAAACUGUUCAAACUGCUAAAGGCAUUGUUGCCUUGUUGGAUGCAAUUAAAGUUUUAACUACUAGUUCUGUUUCUCCUGUGAGUAUAGGAAUUAUGGGUAAAUCUUCUGUGAGUACUGAAAAGCCAGAACUGAAGGUACGAGUAUCAGAUUUACUUGGAGCACCCAUCAAACCACUUCCAGGCCCGGUAAUUGCAGUAUCAGCAACUAGAGUAGUAGACGAUGUAGUAGUUCUUUCAAAACAACCACUAACUGCUGGUUCAGGUCCUAGUGAGUUCAUUCUUCCUCUUCGUUUGGAUCCAGAUCACUAUCAAGUUGUUUUGAAUACAGGAGAUAAUACAGAAAGCUUUAAUGUGAGGGUUAUGGGUCCAGUCAAUCUUAAAACAUUUGAGAUUGGUCUUGGAGAUCUCGAUGGUACUGGUGCUCCUCGUUUAACAAAACUUGAUUACCCUAAUAAACUAUCUAGCAUUCUGCAAGCAGAUUCAAGUCAUUUGUUAAUUUCAAAGUUUUCACUUUCACGUUCUGUUCAUCAAGCUUUUUUGAGACUAUAUUCUUCUAAAAAAGAAAUUAUUUUCAUAGCAGAACAAGAUAAUAAUAAAGUCUAUAAGGUCGAAAUCAAUUUAAAUGCAGAGUUUACUUAUUCAGGUAUUUUCAAUAUGGAGAUUAUAUUAGGUGAUCCAGUCAUGAGUAACCCUCUCACUUGGAAUCUUGGUCAAAUUGAUUUGAAUUUGGGAAAAAUUGACCCUCAAGUGAAAAGUCUCAAAGCACCAAAGCAAGAGAUAAAACAUCUAUUCAGACAGGCUGAAAAACGACCGUCAACUACAGUCUCAUUAUUAUUUUCAAUUCUUACAGCUGCUCCUAUUCUUCUACUUUUAGUUUUGUGGUUGAAAAUUGGCCUGAAUAUUAAGAAUUUUUCUGUUGUUUCUCUUCCCUUUCACAUAGGAUUUGGCUCAAUAUUAGGUCUCUUUCUAUGUUUUUGGCUUAAAUUAGAUAUGUUCACAACUUGCGCAUGGUUGAUACCUCUUGGAGCAUUCACUUUCUUAUCUGGUCAUAAAGUAUUGAGUAACUUAGCUGGCAAUAAAAAGUCUGAUAAGAAAGAUUGAAAGAAGUAGUUUAGGUAAGAAUUUGUUAUUUCCUUGAGUUGUUUCAUUUAUAUGUAUUUUUGUACUGUCACUUUGAAAUCAAUAACAACAAUUGAUGUACGUUAAUUCUCAAAUUAGUUUGAAAUAAAAAGAACAACAGAUA